AUGAACUCCAACGCGGGGAGGAAGGCCAAGCGAGGCCCUACCUCCCCAACCGCUUCUAUCCACUCCCCCCCUUCCGCCACCUCUCCCCUCCCCAAGAUCAAGCUCAACAUUCGCAACAACUCCCAGACCGGCCACUCGCGUGCAUUCGCGGCCGCGGCGUCGUCGUCGCGCGGCCGCUCGACGGCAGUCCAGCGCCGAGUCUACUCGGACGAGGACAGCUCCUCGGACCUCACACCUGCCGACGACGACGACGAUGACGACGAUGAUGAUGACGACGAUGACAACGUCUUCUCUCGGAUCGCCAGCCGCAAGGGCAAGAAGCGCGAGUCUCUCCCGCACAUCCAUACCCACGCCUCGCCGCUUGCAGCAAAGGACAAGGGCAAGGGCAAGGCCGCAACCCCCCAAACAAACAAAUCUUCAGCCGACAUGAAUGACGGCCUCCACCAACCUUCCUCCACCCCACGCCCGACUGCCGUCGGCCCCAACGGCCGCGACAGGAAGCGUGUCAUCAAGCUCGGCGAGGUCGCGCGCAGGCGUGCCCGCGACGACAAGUUUGGCUUUGGUGGUGACCGCUUCAGCGGCGUCACCCCCACAAAAUCACACAUUACCAACCCCGCAUUCGACUCGGACUCGACUUCGUCGUACGGCGACGACGAAUCGGAGCGCGAGAGCGUCUCUCUCGACGGCGACGAAACCGAGGAUGAGAUGGGCGGCCUGCCUGAGGCGUUCGCCGGCCAGGAGAUCGAGGACCUCGCCUACGGCGGCGGUCAACUGGACUCUGGGGUCGAGGACGAGGCCGAGCAGGAAUGGUGGCAGGAGGAGGAAGACGACGAGGACUUUAUUGCCAACCUCACUGGAUCCGACCUUGAGAACAUGCAGUCCCAGUCGUCGGUCCACGCUUCCGACUCUGACGACCCCAUGACCGACUCGGACUCGGACGCGGACCGUGGCCGCCACGCCCUCGACGAGUUUGGCUUCCCCGCCUCCAACUUUGCCACCUACGAGCAGGAGCCCGAGGCGGACCAACCCCUCAUCCUCAUGGAGAACUGGGACGGCCAGUUCGUGCUCGUGCAGCCCAGGAACGAGCGUUCGCGCUCGCGCCGCCGCAACGGUGGCUCGGGCUCACAGGGCGCCGGCUCUGUGGGCGAGAGCACCUCGCUGUCGGCUGGCGAGCAGCAGCUCGUCAUUGACGCCGACGCCAACUACGACACGGCUAGCGACAGCGACUGGUCCGGUGGCGACAACGACGACGGAGGCGACACGACCGACUCGAUGGCCGAGGAGGACAUGCCCAUGCUCGACAGCCCUGCCAUGGACGAAAUUAUCGGCCAGCAGCUCGCUCCGGGCAUGACCCUCGCUGCUCUGGCCGCGUCCAACCUCGCUGCGUCCAACUUGGUCGCCGCUGCUGCCAACAGCAUUGUUCUCGAGAUUGACCCCUUGAAUCCCGCCAUUGUCGUCACCGACAUGACCGCCGAGACUCCCGCCCUGUCUACCUCGAGCUCAAUCUCCGCUACAACCCCUGUCACCGCCACUGCCCCUAUCCUCAACAUUCCUACCAUUCCUUCUACCCCGCUUGCCGCGCCCAUCAUGGGCACGUUUGUCGUCUCGGACGAGCCAUGUGCCCACGCGGUCAUUGACGGCUCCAAGACUGCCACAAAGUCGCCCUUUACCCGUAGGAGGCGGACCAACUCGGCCGACGCGGCCUCGGUUACCUCGACAUCCAAGCGUCGCUCCAGCCGCUCCGCCGACCCCUUUUCGCCCGUGGUGAAGAAGACAAAGUACUCGUCCAUCCCGGGCCACCCGCGCUACAUUGCCGCGCGUCGUGCCGCCCAGGCCCUUGUGGACCUCGACCGCGAGAACACCCCGUCCGAGGAGGACGACACGGCCUUUUCGCUCGAGGACAUGCUGGACGCCUCGAUGCUGCGCAUGAACGAGCUCGAGGAGCCCGAGGCCCCCGAGGAGCCUGGAACCAGCGACCUCCGCCACCUGUUCAGGUUUGACAAGGUCCCCGUGUCCAUGUACAUGCGCCGCAACUUCAACGCUGGCGGCGGCGGCGGCAACAAGUUCCGCUCGUCGGCUGCUCUCGACUCGUCUCCGGGUGGCAACGUGUGGCACAACUAUUCGUCCCCGCCACCACGCACCCCCGGUCUCGGUGUGGGCCGGACCAACAUUACGGACACUUUGGCCGACACGCUCGCUGGCCCCGCGAGCCGCAUGCUCAUUUCGCCCUUGCUCCAGCCCAUGUCCGGCUGCGACGACUACGACACGACGUCCCAUGGCGUCGUGGCCAUGAGCCGCAAGGACCGCCGCAAGCAGCGCAAGCGCACAAACGACAUUCACCCGCUGGAGAUCUAA